CAUGCAUCGGCACAGCAGCAACCGUGCUAGUCUUUUAUGCUGUGGGGCGCUGUAUACUCCUGGCGCUUGUUUGGUGUGACUAUUCUCAUUUUGCUUACUCGCUCCGUGGUGCCAACACAGCUGGCAUUCACAUUGCGCAUGCAACAACUGCAUUCACACGGAUCCGAUUUCGAAUCAAAGGGUGAGCUAUCCAUGUGGUUCGGGAAGCCGAGUGAGGCUGCAUCGGCGCGCGACGUGGCUUGACAACGCCGCAGAAGCCAGGCGAAACGCCACAGCUCGCGCGCACACUUUGCACUGGAAAGCAUAAGCGCGCGCCUAGAGUCACCCCCGUGGCUCACUGUGUCUGACCCCGCAACCCGGCGCGUUACUGCGCCACCCCCUACAGGUUACUCCCGCCGGUUUCGCGGUCGUGAGAAUCAUACGUGACGGAAUCGCCAUACGCAACGCCACAGUGUGCACUCACGCUGCUCGAGCCUGGGGACCUGUCCACCAGGAGUCCAGGACCAGCAGCAGGGCAACGGGCAACCCACCGGCACAGUCCGUACGUAGCGCCAUGCGCGCCUUGAGGCAUUCAGCCGCCCCCGGGGCAUCGUGGCGGCCACGCACUUCGUCCAUCUGCUGUGCCCUUCUAGCUGCGCUGGCCCUCCACGUUUCGACAAGACAACUUGCAGCCGCCCAGAGCUUCAUCCGGCUGGCGGGCGGCGGCGAAUGCCUGCAAGCCGCACCGGUCCGGCGGGAGCUGGUGGGCGUGCGGGCCUGCAACACGUCCGAGCCGGACCAAGUCUUCGUGCUGAAGGCCGCAGAAGGUGGCACCGCCGGCGUGUACCUCAUCAUGCACGCGCAGCAGCCUGGGUUCACAAUGGACUUUUACGUGACGAACAACACGGUGGGCAUGUGGAGCCUGCGCAACAGCACCAACCAGCAGUGGCUGCUCAGCGAGGAGGCCGUGGCGGCCGGCGGCGGUGGCACCGCCCUCCAGACCGCGCGCUACCCCGACUCCCCAAACUGCGUGGAGCCCGCGCCGGCGGCAGAGGGGCAGCCCGACCUGCGACUGGCGCCGUGUGACCGCAGCGACAGCCAGCUGUUCUUCCUGGUGGCGCCGGAGGAUAUGGCCGGAUGGCAGAUGCCAGCCUCGCCGCCGCCUGCUCCGCCGCCGGCCUGCCCCCAGGUCCCCGGCUACACAUUGUCUGCUGGAUUCGAUCAGUUCGCCUCUGAUCUGGGUCAGGCGCGAUUCGACAACUAUGGCGGUGUCAACCUGUUGGAUGCCGCCAAGGCCUGUGAUGCCCUGUGUGAGUGUGUUGCGCUGAACACGGACGGCUCCAUGAAGCGCGCGUCGGACAACCUGGUUGACAAGCGGGCUGAGGAGGACCGGUGCUGGGGCCUGUACGUGCGCACGAGCAAUGCCAAUCGCACCUGCGCCCCCAUCAAGGUCAAGCCCACCGAGCCUGUGCUGCCUGACCGGCACAUGGGCUGUGUGUACGACACCAUCCCCCGCGUCAUGGACUACAUCAUGUCGGACGAGGGGCUCAUGACGAGGCGGCUGUGCGCCCUCCUGGCGCGCUCCAAGGGCUACAAGUACUAUGGACUGGAGUACGGCCAGGAGUGCUACGGCAGCGACCAAGACGAGUCCGCAAUCCGGCGCGUGGGCGGGUCGUACGAGUGCUGGCGGCCCUGCACCGGCGACGGCGCGGAGGGCUGCGGCGGCGGCUGGUCCAUUGACCUGUACCUCGUGGAUGGGGACAAGUACCUGCCCGCGGCGCCGCCCGCCGCGCCGCUGCCGGCGUGCCCCCAGGUGCCCGGCUACACCUUCCAGCGCUUCACGGACCAGUUCGGCGGCGACAUCAUCCAGACCGGGAGCAACCUUGCCGACAUGGCCAAGGUGUGCGACAAGCUCUGCGCCUGUGUGGCAUUUCACUCGGGAGGCUACCUGAAGAGCCGGUCGGACAACCUGGUGGCUCUGAAGCAGGGCGCCGACCUGUGCGUCGGGCUGUACGUGCGGGACGUCGCGCCAAGCGCGACGCGCCUUUGCGAGACCCACACUGGUGCGCCCUUUGCUGAGGACGGCCCGCUGGGCUGCAUCUGGGACACGCUGCCUCGCGUGAUGCCUGUGCGGCUGGCCAACGACCCCGCCCGCAUGUCGCGGCGCCUGUGCAGCCUGCUGGCACGGAGCCUGGGUUUCAAGUACUACGGCCUGGAGUACGGCCAGGAGUGCUACGGCAGCAAUGACACCCUCGCCACCAUCACGGCAAGGGGCCGGUCGUACUUCUGUGACCGGCCCUGUGUGGCCGACGGCACAGAUGGCUGCGGCGGCGGCUGGUCCAUCAGCCUGUACGAGGUCGAUGGACUAAAGAACUUGAACAGCCCACCGCCCUCCCCUCCGUCGCCACCGCCACGGCCGCCGAGGCCGCCCACGCCGCCGAGUCGUGACCUGUCGUACAGCAGUUGGUUCUGCGGCACCCAGGGCCAGCAGUACGAAAUGGUGAGCGAUGAGGAGCUGGCCCGGCACUACCGGCUGCAGGGCGUGCGGGCCCGGUACGGCCUGGUGCUGCAGGAGGUGCAGUCGGUGUUCGACGACGGCGCCGAGGAGGGACCCGUGCACGGUGGGUACGGUUCGGGACCCACCACGUUCACCAGCGUCGCGCCGCGCUGGGACAGCGAGCGCGUCGUGGCUGUGAGGGCCUGCUGCGCCACCGGCGGCGCGUGGGGCAACGGCGUGCAGGCCAUCAGCCUGUACAGGGCCAACGGCCGCGAGGAUGCCGUUGGCGACCCCAAGUGGUGCUUCGGCUUCCAGGACUGGCAGUUUGUGCCCGAGGGCUUCGAGUUCAACGGCUUUGCCACGAUGCAGGCCAUCGGCAUUCCGGGCACCGUGUGGGUUUCCCGAGUGGCGUUUGUGUACACCGCUAUCCCGGGCUUCUACCGGCCGCCCUCGCCCCCGCCGCCGCCCUCUCCUUCCCCGCCUGUUCCUCCGAGCCCGCCCAAGCCCGCCUAUCCUCAGAGCACCCUGCGGACCGUGCGCAGCCGAGACUCCGGCCUCGGCCUGUACCUAACCGCCGCCUCCGCCGCCGCUGGCGCGGCUGUGGGCUACCAGACCGCGCUGCUGGGGUCUGCGGCGGCUGGCGGCGCCGCUUGGCCCGCCGACACGCAGCUGUGGGAUGUGGAGCCGGCGCCCGGGCAGCAGGACCCGGAGAACAUCAAGUACAACCUGAUGCUCAAGUCCCCGAGCAACGGCACCGUGCGGCUGUGCCUGACUAUGAAGCCCGAGUCCGAGCCCUACCUGGACACCUGCGCCUCCAACAGCACCUUCCAGCGUGUCACCCUGUCCCCCGGCGACGGCGUAGCCAACACCGACUUCGGCGCCCCCGUGGGCUGGAUCGAGCGUGUGGUGCUGGGCGACCGGGCCCGCGGCGAGGACCAGUACGGCUGCCUGCGCAUGCCGCAGACGCCGGAGGCGGGCAGCCGCGCCUUCAGCAGGGCUGUGACGUGGCAGGGCUGGUGUGGCACGCUGCUGGAGCAGAUCUACGUGGAGCAGAUGUCGGUGGACAUGGCAGUGUUCGAUGAGAGCAGCCGGCCGCCGGAGCUUCUUGCUAGCCCACCUCCGCCUGCCAGCGUCAUCCCCAACGCCACCAUGCCAACCGCCGCCCCGCCCACCGCCCCUCCGCCUCCCUCCAUCUCAUCGGUCGUGCCAAUUACGCUGCGCAGCCGCGCCAACGGUCUCGGGCUGUACCUGACCGCCGUCAGCGCCACAGCGGGCUCCAGCGUGGGAUUUGGGCCCGGCAUGGACUUGACGGCGCAGCUGCUGGCCGGCGGCAACGCAGCGGUGGCCGCGGAGCCAUCCGCCAAGCAGCUGUGGGUGCUUGAGAAGUCCGACCUGCAGCCCUCCAGCGGCAAGCCAGGGCACCUGCUGGUGUUGUGGGCCACCGCCUUCGCAGCCGAGCGCCUGUGCCUGGCGCUGCGGCCCGACGCCGCCGCGCCGGCGCCUUCGCUGGCGCCCUGCUCGCGCAACGCCUCCUUGCAGCUUGUGACGUUUGAGGCCGGCGCCGCUCGUGCCGUUGUAUCCUCCGAUGCCGGCAGCUGGGUGGGGCAUCUGCAGCUGGGAGCGGGAGCUGGCGCCACCAGUGGAGCGGCCUUUGGCUGCCUGGCGCCUUUCUGGAAGGGUGCCUACGAACCGGAACGUAUCAACGCUGUGUCGGCGCUCGCCAGUGCGUGUGGCGUCAGCAGCAGCGCGCAACAGAACAUCAGCGCCGUCGCGUUCGAUGUGAACCCGUACGUCAACGCCGCGGCGCAAGGCGCUCAAAGCGCGGCGCUGCCCGUGACCUCGUCCGACUUCUUCUGCGGCUAUAACACCGGCUCGGCACCCUACCAGUACCAGACCGCCACUGAUGAGCCUGUGGCGGCCGAAGGCUAUCAGCUCAGCGGUGUGCGCAGCCGCGGCGGCGCCCUUCUGGAGGAGCUGCAGAGCCUGUUUGUCGCGGACGGCGCGGCGGGGCUGAAGACCGGCCCCGUUCACGGCGGCUACGUGUCCACCUCGUCCAGCGCCCUCACUAACCUGGGCGGCGACGCCGGCGCGCACGUGACCGAGGUCAGCGCCUGCUGCACGGGCGGCUCCUGGAGCAAUGGCGUGCAGGCGGUGCGGCUGCGCACCGCGGGCGGCCGCCUGAUCUACCUGGGCAGCCCCACCAGUUGCAAUCAGCCGCAGCCCUGGGUACCUGUGCCUGAGGGCAGCACCUUUGCGGGCGUGGCUACUCAGUACACACCUAGCGCCGCGGGCACCACAUACCCGCAGCGCAUUGCUUUCCUGUUUGCCAGCGCGAUGUUGCAGCCACUGGCCGCCCCGCCGCCCUCCACAGUGGUGCCCUCGCCGCCAGGGUUGGCGCCCGUGUACAUGCCAAACCGCCCGCCUCCCUCCUACGGCGGAUACGGCGGCUACGGCGGGUAUGGCGGCGCCAGCCCUAUGCCGUCCGGGCCUGCGCCUUACCCUGGUCACGUGAGCGCGCCGCCGCCCGUGUACCCGUCCCCGCCGCCACCUGUGCAGCCCCCCUCUCCUCCCCUGCCCCCGCCCGGCCCGCCCGGUAGCGGGUGCCCCGCCAUCCCUGGCUACACGUACGUGCCAGCGGCGUCCGUGGACGGGAAGCUCAUUCAGAUGGCAUAUGUUAUUUCGUAUGAGAACAUGCUGGUGCUUGCGAAGGCGUGCGACAGCCUGUGCGAGUGUGUCGGGUUCAAGGGCGCUUCGCCUGCCUACGCGACCGCCGGCACUCUGUACACACAGCGGGUCAGCGGGGCGCAGUGGAGCGACGACGACCUGGACUGCAGGGCGGGCGCCUACGUGCGUAACGACACGGAGCGCGCGCCUGGCACCUGCGAGCCGCUCAAGGGCGGCACGCUGCCGGACCGGCCCGAGGGCUGCUUCAAGGACAUGUCUCGGUACUCGCAGCUCAUGGACAAGGUCCUGGCCUCUGAUGACAGCCGCAUGACGCCGCGACUGUGCGGCCUGCUGGCGCGAGCGGCAGGCUACGCGCACUUCUCCCUGACUGAGGGCAGCCGCUGUUUUGGCACCAACGCCAACAUCAGCGCCAUCACCCGGUACGGCGCCGCCAGCACGCCGGACUGCAGCGCGCCUUGCACCGGCGACAUCGCCGCAGUGUGCGGCAGUAUCUACUACGAGUACAUGUUCACGCGCUUCUUCAACCUGUGGACCGUAAAUGGCACCGUCAACGAGCCGGUGUACCCGCCGCCGGGAACACCGCCCCCCGCGUCGCCCACCGCCUGCCCCGCGGCCCCCGGCUACACCUUCACGCGCGUGUACCAGUACCCCAGCUACCUCGCGAACCUGGGCCCGCGUGUCGCGGGACUUGACAUCAACGACUUCUCAGACGCGGCCGCAAUCUGUGACAGGACUUGCGAAUGUGAGGGAUUCGACCACGUGGGGAUGCUGCAGUGGAAGCUGUCAUCACAGACCACUGCCUUCCCGGUGGAUGACCCCUCGUCUACUUGCCAGGGCACCUACGUGCGCAACAACGCCAAGGCCCGGUCAACGUGCGAGAGCCUCAAGGCGCUGGACCAGCCCUUUGGCGACGUGCCGCUGGGCUGCUUCCGAGACGUGUACUACAGCCAGGCGACGGUCAUGGGCGGCAUGUACGUGCAGGACUACCAGAAGAUGUCGCCGCGGGAGUGCAGCGUCAUGGCGCGUGCGCAGGGCCACCGCUACUUUGCGCUCAAGCGCGGCUCCACCUGCCUGCUGCCCAGCGGCCCCGCGGUGGGCGCCGGCGUUGACAUUCUGACGCAGAACGGCCCCAGCUCGGAGUGCAGCUAUCCCUGCCCCGGCGACUCAUCGCAGCUGUGCGGCGGAUUUUAUGAGUUCAACCUGUGGUCUGUGGACUACUCGGUCCGGUCGCCCUCUCCGCCCCCGCCGUCUCCCGCGCCUUCGAACCCAGCUGUGCCUCCCGAGCUGCCGCCCGCGCCUCCCUCGCCUGAGCCAGCCACCCCGCCCUCGUCGCCCCCAAUGCCGCCUCCCUCGCCUCCGGCCCCGCCGCUGAGCCCCCCCGGCAGCCGUUGCCCCUCCAUUCCCGGUUACCGCUACGUGCCGUUUUCUUCCAUGUCGGUCCAAAUCGUGCGUGCGUCGUACGGAUUCGCGUACGAGAGCAUGUUAGUCGUCGCCAAGGCAUGUGACAGCGUUUGUGAGUGUGCGGGUUUCGGCGGCUGGGGCUACGCCGGCCCGUCCGGGGUCAUGUUUACGACCUUCACUGAGGGUGCGGAGUGGACGGCUGACGACGAAGCGUGCAGUUCGGGCGCCUACGUGCGGACCGCUGGGGAACGCGCGCCGGGCACCUGCGAGCCGCUCGAGGGCGGCGCGCUGCCGGACCGGCCCGAGGGCUGCUUCCGCGACGGCACGCCCUACGGCACGCUUAUGGACAAGAACCUGGUCUCGGACUCGGCGGCCAUGACCCCCCGACUGUGCGGCCUGGUGGCGCGCGCUGCAGGCUACAAGUACUUCUCGCUGAGCAGCGGCGGCACCUGCGAGGGCAGCAACGCGGAGGAUGUGUCGGUCCUGACGCGGUACGGCGCCGGCUCGGCCGCGGACUGCCGCUCGCGCUGCACCGGCGACAGCUCCAAGUGGUGCGGCGGGUCCGUGGCGGGCGGGCGCUUCUUCAACCUGUACCGGGUCGGCGCAGGAGCUUCUGGCGAACCGCCCAUCACGCCUCCCACCGCGCCGCCCCCCUCGCCGCCGCCGAGGUCGCCGCCGCCACCCCUGGUGUGCCCCGACGUCCCCGGCUACGCCUUCAUCCGUGUGGACAGCUGGGACGCUGAUCUUGGCGUCCAGAUGAGCACGCUCAACGCCACCGACUUUGGCAUCGCCUGUGAUGGGAUCUGCGAGUGCCAGGCGUUCUCGAACUACGGGUACCUCAGGCAGUCGGUUGGAAGCCAGAUCCCGCUGGGUGCGGGCAGCCCGCCCUGCAAUGGCCUGUACGUGCGCAACACGACACGCAGCGCCGCAUGCGAGAGCCUGCAGCCGCCUUCUGCGGGGGCGGUGUCGCCGUUAACCGACAAACACCUGGGCUGCUUCAAAGACGACUACGUGUCCGUGAUGGGGAUCGGCUCCUUCGCGUAUGGCUUUACCACCAUGACUCCGCGCGUAUGCAGCCUCUUGGCGCGCUCCGGAGGCUACAAGUACUAUGGCCUGAAGAAUGGCUACGAGUGCGUAGUGCCGCGCAAUUUUGCCGCUGGCGCCGACGCCGAUGCCCUCACGCGCCUGGGCCCCAGCACCGGCUGCAUCCGGCCCUGCCCCGGCGACGACUCCGCCAUGUGCGGCGGCGGUCUGCUGAACGUCAACAUCUGGGAGGUCGACUACACAGUCCGCCGCCCAUCAUCUCCAUCACCUGCGGCCCCGCCGCCGUCACCGGAGCCCCCGUCCCCCGAGCUGCCGCCCUCUCCACCUGCGGUCCCGCCGCCACCAGCUGUGACCUGCCCGCAAGUGCCCGGCUAUCGCCUUGAGCGCAUGCAAGCCGAUCCCGCGGCUGCGUUCGUCACCUUCUACACAACCAAGGACCUAGCAACCCUGGUCAAGAGCUGCAAUGCGAUGUGUGAUUGCGUCGGUGUCAGUACCCAGGCAUCUCUCAUGAGCAGUGUGUCUGGGCUGUUCGAUCCCGGCGCUUCGUACCCUUGGAGCGGCUCCAUCGCGUCCUCGCCAGAGUGCAAUGGCGUGUACGUGAAAGAGGCGUCCGCGGCUGCGGGAUGCGCUCCGCUCCGAGCGACCGACGCCGGCGCCACCCCGCUGCCGGACACCGCACUGGGCUGCUACCGGGAGAACACCGCAAGCCCGCUGCUCACCAGUUAUGCCACCUCGGCCACGCUCAAUUCUCCUCGUCUCUGCGGCCUGCUUGCGCGUGCGGCAGGAUACCAGUUCUUUGCGGUCCGCGGCUCCAGCUGCCAGGUCAGCAACUCGGCACAGAGCACGCUGACGGCGCUGGGCACGUCGACCACCUGUACGGCCGCAUGCGCCGGCGACUCGGCUGCCAAGUGCGGCGCAAGAACGCCGCCGGUGUCGUUUAACCUGUACCGCGUGGGCGCGUAAAUGGCAAGCGACGUGCGGCUAUGCGCCCUGUCAACAUGCAUCCAAAUGCGCGCGCAUAUUGACGCCAUCGCCAUCAGGGGAUCCCCCCCUGAUCGCCAUUGAUAUGCAAGGGACUGUAUUCACGGUGACCUCUUAAAGUUACCUGUCCAGCAGGGAUUGCACUAGCGUAUUUGUUUUGUGUGCCUGACACGGCAGACCGCUUGAUGUGCCCUCUAGUCUUUGAAAGAUUGGGUGGUCCGAAGCAUGAGGAUGUUACGGAUGGGAUAGUCUGUGGGAGGGCUUGGGGAUUGAUCAGCCUUUAUGUACAUUACGUGACGCCGUGAAGGCAAGCAUACUCUUUCAUCUAGCACUGGGGUCGGCAGGAUUGGCAGGAUGAUCGUGGUUUCCGCAUUCCCCGCACUUUGAUGGCAGGAAUGCAAGGGAAUGCAGGCGUGCAGGAUUGUGCAUUUGUGUGCAUGCUUGUGCGUCCGCAGUGAAAGCAGGCGGUUAGAGAGCGAUCGAGUGCCAUGGCGAAUGUAUUCAUCAAUUGUUCAGGCCUUCUGUGCUGCCGAGAUGUUGUUUACAGUCCUCCGGAAUCCGGAUGGUUGGGCCUUCCUGGGUCUUUCUCUGGCCCGGGCCCAACCCGCGGGAUAGCGACCUGAUCUGCUCUUAAGCAGGCAUACCGGUAUGUUGUGACGUUAGCAUUCAUGGGGCGGCACAAGUACUGCAGUUGGCUAUUGUUGAAUGCGGCACUCCAUACUGUAUGCAGCGACACACCCACACAUCUAUGCAUGCCAUGCACGGUUGGAUGUCGCUACGAAUACAUGCAACUGCAGACUAGUCUUUGACGACCCCUUUUAAGACGUGCGCAUUGCAAAGCCUGGCUGGGCAUGCCCCAAACCUGCAUAGAUCUAUCCUUGCCCUCGGUCGUUUCAUGGCCAGCAUGCAUGACUGGGGAUUGUGCACAAAUGACGCAGGGGGGGGGGGGGGUAAGAAUGCCGCAGACAUACCCCACCCUUCAAAUUGAAAGAGCUUGACGAGAGCGUUCAGAAUCCGCUUUCAGAAAUUUGAUCAGGGUAGUAAUUGCGGAGAUAUGGGCCCCCAAAGUUCAGGGUCGGUCGUCGGUCCCCACGGUCCCCAAGGUUUCGUCACGGUGUGCCGGAAACUUUCGUCUGGGCCUCAUAAGACAGCCGGGCAAGCCCAGACCGUUGCCCAAAGCGUGUAAUGGAUGCUUUUU